CAAAUGAAGUAUUAGUUAUUGAGAUGAAAACAAACAGACCUAAACUUGGAAAGUUGUCAGCAUAGUUGAUUGAUAAGUUAAAUUUUGUGAUGGAAGGGCGUGAACCCUAAUUGAAAGAUUUAUGUGUUUUUAGGGGUAGUAGAAGAUGUACGGUCCCACAGAAGAUGCAGAGCGAACCGCUUUCAGGAUGGCUGAAAAGAAAUACAAGCUGUAUUACGACAAUACCCGAAAGAAAAAGCAACCCAGACCAGUAGAUUUGUCUGACGUUACUGAUUUCAAGUCAAUUUCAGAGGCUUACCACAGAAAUGCUGAACUUCCCUCAGGCAUUUUCCCAAUUCAUUGCGAUCUCCAUACUCCUAUCUUCUGCUUGGAAAGUCAUCCCGGGUUUUAUUUCAUUCCUGGAGCAUUACCCGUUGAGGAGCAAUGCCGGUGGAUAAAGGAGAGUUUAACAAGCUUUCCCCAACCUCCUAACAGGACCAACCACAAUGCAAUUUAUGGGCCUCUACAGGACUUAUUUGCUGCUGCCAAGGAUAAUAAAGUUUUAAUUCAAGAGGAGCAGUACUGUGGAACCAAUAAUUCUGAGGUGGAAAUCAUUGAAAACGACAUAAAUGUUCCCACAUGGAACUUUUUUGAUCAAUCAGGUGCAUUAUCCAAAGGAGUUACAUGCAAAUCAGUGUUAGCCUCUGUUUUGCUUCGUAAGUUACGGUGGAGCACCCUUGGCUUGCAGUUUGACUGGUCGAAGCGGAGCUAUAAUAUUUCUCUGCCUCACAACAAGAUACCUGAUGCACUUUGCCUACUGGCUGAAAGAAUGGCAGCACCUACCCUGCCAUUAGGUGAAGUGUUCCAGGCAGAAGCAGCAAUUGUCAAUUACUUUGGUCUAGGUGACACACUUGGUGGCCACCUUGAUGACAUGGAGAAGGAUUGGAGUAAGCCUAUUGUUAGCAUGAGCUUGGGCUGUAAAGGCAUUUUCCUUAUCGGGGGAAAGUCUAGGGAGGUUCCACCUCUUGCAAUGUUUGUUCGAAGUGGUGAUGUUAUUCUUAUGGCAGGACAAGCAAGGGAAUGCUUCCAUGGUGUCCCUAGGAUCUUCACUGAUAAAGAAAAUGCUGAGAUAUCCUCCCUUGAAUUGCUGUUUUCUGAUGAAGAGGAUUCUGCUUUGUUGGAGUACAUUAAGACUUCUAGAAUCAACAUCAAUAUUAGACAAGUAUUCUAAAUCUAGAAUGAGUUGUCUUUUGAAAGUUUUGUAGAGAUGUAACAUUGGAAAAAAAAUUCGUCUGUAGCCAAAAUUUUGCAGAGAAUUCUCUCAUAUGCUGUUUUGUUGAGAUUCAAAACCUACCCCAGGCACACUCGAUCAUUUGCAUUUUUA